AUGAAUGGCAACAAUAAUGCAUCAAAUGGAUCAACGGCGAGAAAUUCCAAUAAUCAUAAUAACAAUAAAUCAUGGAGUACGGGUGCAGGAGCAGAAUGGGAAGAAUGGAUGAAAGGUAUGAUGUUUCGUUUCGCGACAGUCAUCGUGGGACAAGAAAACACGAAUCGGUUUCGACAAUCCGCCGAAUCAUUUCGAUUUCGUCAUUUUUCCGCUUCUAACGCAAAUGCCAAUGUCAAUAAUAAUAAUCCGACAAAACAAAUGUUACUACAGAAAGCCUGCAGUAAAACAAUUCCAACCUUUAUUAGACUAUAUAACCCGAAUCUCUUGCGUCUUAAUGUAAAGAAUUUCUUUUCUCGAGGGUGUAUUCGUCCUUAUACCAUCAAAAGGACAUGCAAUGAUACCCUCGGUUCUUCUACUGAUUUUUCACUUUCAACAACCUGUAUAUACGGUGCAUCUCAUAACCGGAAAUUCAUGUUGCCGCAUUCUUCUAGUGUAGUUUUAGCUUCUCAGAUUUCCAUCGUGAGAAAUUAUUCAGAGUUUCGCUCCCUACGACAACAAUUCAAGAACCAUUGGGGAAGAAGUCUAAAUGGAGAAGACUGGAAAAGUACCGCGCUUGCUAUUGGUGGUGCAACAUUAACAUUUUUCCUACUUCCACAUUUACUUACGUUUGUACUUAAUGGUGCGCUCGCGUAUGGAGUUUACAGGCUUAUAAAAUCGGGGUUACAUCAUUAUUAUCAGUUGAAGAGAAUUCAAGACGUGGCAAGUGGUGAUCGUCGCUUAAAAAGUUUCAGUGACUUAUUUUCAAUUAGACCAGCGACAAGACGAGAUGGUGAUUUUAUUGAUGGUGGUAGAGCUGGACUUGGCGGCGGACUUACCAAUCUCUUCGAAUCUUUAUUCAUACCAUUUUCAUCAUCUGUACACGUCGAUCGGUUAUAUGAAUUGGCAAUUACAGAACUUCUACGGAAUAAACAAUAUCGUGAUAUUCUCGAACGGGAUCUUGGUAGUUUAUCACCGGAAAAUGUUCAAUUCUCAAAACCAUAUUCAAUUUCCAUGGCCGGUGUCUCGGCGUUUGAUUCAUUACAAGGAGGAUAUCAGGAAAAUAAAGUGGAAAUCGAAUUCAGUGGUAUGACUCCUAUUGAUGAGGAGGUGAUUGUUCGAGCCACGGGAUUUUUGACAGCUGGAAAUGUCUCUUUAGGGGAGCUUAUAGUUUAUUUGCCAACAAUUGGACGGCAAUCAUCGAUUUCUAUGUCCGACGCCUCUUCCCCUAAUUCUUCAAUUCCUGAAGCAGAAUUUCGAGAUAUUAAAUAA